AUGCGGAUUGUUCUGUGGUCUCGUUUCUCGAUUAUCACCUCUUUCUCUGCUUUCACUCCAAACGCCUUUUUUGUGCAGGAGCCUGUUAAGCAAUCAACUCUUGUUCGCAACGAAUUCGGUCUUGUGCCGCCUAUGUAUGCUGGAUUGUCAGGUAAUCGGGCCUUGGUCUCGGAGGCAGCAAGUGUUCCCCCACAUCCAGCCGCAGCUGCAGAAGCCGAACGUGGUGAGGAAGCACGGCAUACUCAGUCGAUGAAAGUUCUUCGUGCCACUCAGGGUCUGCAUGCUCCAUUGCGUUUGGCUAUGGAGAAGAGGGUGAUGGAGAAAAUGUCCCCUCGACUGCCUGGUCUCUACGCCCGUCACCCUCUUGCUGCUCAGCUAUCGGGUGCUCUGGAUACUAUUGACUUCUCUGAUAUUCUUAACAGUAUGUUUGCCCUCAUCUUUCCUUAA